AUCAACCCCCACACCAGAAAAUCAGUUUCCCUCUGAUAACAACUCUUGGCUAAAGCCAUCCUAUACUCUUUUUCUCUUUAGUCAUUACAUUAUUAACAAUGCCUGAGGCACCAAAGAAUUCCCCUAUUGUUGCUGAAGAAAACAAGAAAACUCUUCAUUUCAUUGAAGAUGUUACCACCAAAGCUGAUGAGAUCCAAAAGAGAGUCCUUGCUGAAAUACUUUGUCGAAAUGCCAACGUUGAGUACUUGAAGCGCUAUGCUGAUCUUAAUGGCAAUACUGAUAGAGAGACUUUCAAAAAAGUUAUGCCUGUUAUCAGUUAUGAAGAUAUUCAGCAUGAUAUCAACCGCAUUGCGAGUGGUGAUACAUCUCCUAUCUUGUGCUCCCAACCUGUCUCUGAAUUCUUGACAAGUUCUGGUACGUCAGGAGGGGAGAGGAAAUUGAUGCCAACAACAGAGGAAGAGCUUGGAAGACGAUCGUUGCUUUAUAGUCUUCUGAUGCCUGUGAUGAGUCAUUUUGUCCCAGAUUUGGAGACGGGCAAAGGAAUGUACUUUCUGUUUGUAAAAUCUGAAUCUAAGACCCCGGGAGGCCUAUUAGCUCGUCCUGUUUUAACAAGUUAUUACAAUAGCCCUCAUUUUAAAAACAGACGUCCUGACCCUUACACAAACUACACUAGCCCAAAUGAAACUAUUCUCUGCCCUGAUUCAUACCAGAGCAUGUAUUCCCAAAUGCUCUGUGGACUCAGCCAAAAUGCACAAGUCCUUCGUGUUGGCGCGGUUUUUGCCUCUGGCUUCAUCCGCGCCAUCCGCUUCUUAGAGAAGCACUGGUCCCUUCUUUGUACUGAUAUUCGAUCCGGUAUCAUGAAUACUGAAUUGAUUACUGAUUCCUCAGUAAGAGAGGCUGUGAUGAAAAUACUUAAACCAGAUCCCGAUUUGGCUGAUUUUAUUGAGGCUGAAUGUAGCAAGAAAUCAUGGCAAGGGAUUAUUACUAGGCUGUGGCCUAAUACUAAGUAUGUUGAUGUUAUUGUGACUGGAACCAUGUCGCAAUAUAUACCAACUCUUGAUUAUUAUAGCAAUGGACUACCUCUUGUUUGCACUAUGUAUGCUUCCUCUGAAUGCUAUUUUGGUGUCAAUCUUAACCCCCUUUGCAAGCCUGAAGAUGUCGCCUACACCCUUAUACCGACUAUGUGUUACUUUGAGUUCUUGCCAAUUCAUAGGAAUAAUGGUGUCAUGGAUUCUAUCGCCGCGCCCAAAUCACUCAAUGAGAAUGAACAACAAACAUUGGUGGAUUUAGUUGAUGUCAAGAUUGGUCAGGAGUAUGAGCUUGUUGUCACCACAUAUGCUGGACUCUAUCGAUACAGGGUUGGUGAUGUGCUACGAGUUGCUGGAUUCAAAAACAAGGCGCCUCAAUUCAACUUCAUUUGCAGGAAAAACGUAGUUUUGAGCAUUGAUUCUGACAAGACUGAUGAAGUUGAGCUACAAAAUGCCAUGAAAAAUGCAGUGAGCCACUUGAUGCCAUUUGAUGCUCAUGUCACAGAGUACACUAGCUACGCGGACACAACCAUAAUUCCAGGCCACUACGUCUUAUUCUGGGAAGUCAACGUGAAUGGCUCAACCCCGGUCCACCCAUCUGUCUUUGAAGACUGUUGUCUCACAAUUGAAGAGUCCUUAAACAGCGUCUAUCGCCAAGGCCGUGCCUCUGACAAAUCUAUAGGCCCUCUUGAAAUCAGGAUUGUGGAAGUUGGUACAUUUGAUAAGCUCAUGGACUAUGCCAUAAGCUUAGGUGCUUCAAUAAAUCAGUACAAGACACCGCGGUGUGUGAAAUUUGCACCCAUUAUUGAACUACUGAAUUCACGAGUCAUGUCCAAAUACUUUAGCCCUAAAUGCCCAAAAUGGACUCCUGGACACAAGCAAUGGAACAACAUGAACUGA